GUACGUCUUGCUCAGCUGCUGUAGACAGUCCAGUAUUGAGUUUCUCUGAUUAAAAAUAAAAUGAAGGUGAAUUUGAUGAAGUGUUUUACUUUUUUUUUUUUUUUUUGAAAAGGUGAAUUUGAUGAAGUGUUUUACUUUGUUGCAUAUCCUAUACGCAAAUGGACGAUUCAACACUCCAAGCUGUCUAAUGCCUGUGUAAAUUACAAUAGCAAAUAAUGAUCUUGCAUCUUGGUGCUAGCUAAAAGUCUAUCCAAACCUACACCUACUCCAAGCAAUCAUCAAGUGUAGUUGGUCUGUAGGUAUCGGCUUGCUGGCCAACAUCGUGCAUAGAUAGAACUGGUAGGAACAUUAACUGGGCGUCCAAAGGUUUGAUUAGGCAUUACAAUACUCUAUUGUCAUUUUUUAUAUCAUGUCAUGCGCAUGAAUUGCAUACAAUUUGGCUAACAUAAUAUUGACGUGUCCACAGUGUCUAGGAUUCCAAAAGCCAAAAGAAAAUAUAGUUAAAGCUAGUGACAGGCAGGAGCAGAUUUUUAUAUUAAACCAAUGGGUAUUUUGUUGACAGAAUGCUACAUACAUAUCAACAACGGCAAUUGCUUGUGAUAAUAGACUCUCCUUAUUCUUUCCCUCAUUACUUACAUUUGUUCACAACUAAACAGCAAUGGCUGUCUUAUUUUCCUUUCUUCCGCUCCGUUCUCAGAUUCUUUGUCUUGUACUUAUGUUGUUUUUCACUAAUAUUGUAGCUCAAUCACAACAGACCAAUGAAACAAACUUUUCAUGCCCUUCUGAUUCACCACCGCCUUCAUGUGAAACCUAUGUAACAUACAUUGCUCAGUCUCCAAAUUUUUUGAGUCUAACCAGCAUAUCCAAUAUAUUUGACACAAGUCCUUUAUCCAUUGCAAGAGCAAGUAACUUAGAGCCUGAAGACGACAAGCUGAUCGCAGACCAAGUCUUACUGAUACCAGUAACCUGUGGUUGCACUGGAAACCGUUCUUUCGCCAAUAUCUCCUAUGAGAUCAACCCAGGUGAUACCUUCUACUUUGUUGCAACCACUUCAUACGAGAAUCUCACGAAUUGGCGUGUAGUGAUGGAUUUAAACCCCAGUCUAAGUCCAAAUACGUUGCCAAUAGGAAUCCAAGUAGUAUUUCCUUUAUUCUGCAAGUGUCCUUCAAAGAACCAGUUGGACAAAGGGAUAAAGUACCUGAUUACAUACGUGUGGCAGCCCAGUGACAAUGUUUCCCUUGUAAGUGAAAAGUUUGGUGCAUCACCAGAGGACAUAUUGAGUGAAAACAACUAUGGUCAGAACUUUACUGCUGCAAACAACCUUCCAGUUCUGAUCCCAGUGACACGCUUGCCUGUUCUUGCUCAAUUUCCUUCAGAUGUAAGAAAAGGCGGAAUUCGUCUUCCAGUUAUAAUUGGUAUUAGCUUGGGAUGCACGCUACUGGUCGUGGUUUUAGCAGUAUUACUGGUGUAUGUAUAUUGUCUGAAAAUUAAGAGUUUGAAUAGGAGUGCUUCAUCAGCUGAAACUGCAGAUAAACUACUUUCUGGAGUUUCAGGCUAUGUAAGUAAGCCUACCAUGUAUGAAACUGAUGCGAUCAUGGAAGCUACCAUGAACCUCAGUGAGAAGUGCAAGAUUGGGGAAUCAGUGUACAAGGCAAACAUAGAGGGUAAGGUUUUGGCAGUAAAAAGAUUCAAGGAAAAUGUCACAGAGGAGUUGAAAAUUCUGCAGAAGGUGAAUCAUGGAAAUCUGGUGAAAUUAAUGGGUGUCUCGUCAGACAAUGAUGGAAAUUGUUUUGUGGUUUAUGAAUAUGCUCAAAAUGGAUCUCUUGAUGAGUGGCUAUUCUACAAGUCUUGUUCAGACACAUCAGACUCAAGGGCCUCCCUUACAUGGUGUCAGAGGAUAAGCAUAGCAGUGGAUGUUGCAAUGGGUUUGCAGUACAUGCAUGAACAUGCAUAUCCAAGAAUAGUCCACAGGGACAUCGCAAGCAGCAAUAUCCUUCUUGACUCAAACUUCAAGGCCAAGAUAGCAAAUUUCUCCAUGGCCAGAACUUUUACCAACCCCACGAUGCCAAAGAUAGAUGUCUUUGCAUUUGGGGUGGUUCUGAUAGAGUUGCUUACUGGUAGGAAAGCCAUGACAACCAAGGAAAAUGGUGAGGUAGUUAUGCUGUGGAAGGACAUUUGGAAGAUCUUUGAUCAAGAAGAGAAUAGAGAGGAGAGGCUCAAAAAAUGGAUGGAUCCUAAGUUAGAGAGUUAUUAUCCUAUAGAUUAUGCUCUCAGCUUGGCCUCCUUGGCAGUGAAUUGUACAGCAGAUAAGUCUUUGUCCAGAUCAACCAUUGCAGAAAUUGUCCUUAGCCUCUCCCUUCUCACUCAACCAUCUCCUGCGACAUUGGAGAGAUCCUUGACUUCUUCUGGAUUAGAUGUAGAAGCUACUCAAAUUGUCACUUCCAUAGCAGCUCGUUGAUUGAGUGAGGGCAAUUUAGUUUCUCAAAUCCAUGAUGGUAUUUUGUUUACAUGAUGAUUAUUACAUCUUUAGUCAUUAAUGGUGGGCUUGGUUUAGGGGAGUGUGUUAAAAAAUUUGUUAUUGCAUCCCUGUUACUUUUUUUAAGUUUGGGGUAGAGUCGGCAAAAAUGAAAGUUGCAAUUGACCUCAGACUAAACUUGCUUAUUUCUUUGUAUCUUUUUUGUAUGACAAUUGAAACUGAAUUAAAUGAUGGAUUAUCUGUUA